CAGCCACAGCUUAUCAGGAUGGACGAGGAACAUCUCCACGACGAUCUGCACGUUUUUAAAGACAGAAACUUCUUCCGGCAGAAGCUGCAGUCCUUUUUCACGGUAUAUUUGCUCCUGGCCCUCUCCUUUUUGCUGAUCAUCACGCUGUUUGCUGUGUCGCUCUCCAGAGUUUCAGCCGUUUCUUCUAAACUCAACGAGGUGCGCCUGGAACGGAAACAGAACUUUUCUGGCAGGGAUUUUCUCUUGUUUCCCUGCGGACCCGGAUCCAGGGAAUGGGAAUACUUUGACGGGAAAUGUUACUACUUCUCCCUAACCAGAAUGAGCUGGUACAAGGCGAAGGCUCAGUGCGAAGAGAUGCACUCGCAGCUGGCUGUCAUCAACAGCUACGCCAAGCAGAAUUUUGUCAUGUUCAGGACAAGGAAUGAGCGUUUCUGGAUCGGGCUCACAGAUGAGAAUUCCGAAGGGGAAUGGGAAUGGAUCGACGGCACCGACUACAGAACCACGUUCACGUUUUGGAAGGAGGGGGAGCCCAACAACAGCGGCAGCAACGAAGAUUGUGCCCAUGUCUGGAUCUCCGGGAAGUGGAACGAUGUCUACUGCACCUACGAGUGCUACUACGUCUGCGAAAAGCCUCUGCCCAACUGAGCGAAGCCACCCGCGGAGGCGACGGCCCACCGCAAAUGUUCCUUUUUCGUCUUAAUUUAUACUAUCCGAGCACCCGCACACCACGCACCGCGCUGUCCCGAGGAAGAGCAGGGAUCGGGUUUUUUUGAUGGUCCUAAGCAAUAUACACAGGAAU